AUGUCAUUUUCUUUUGGUUUCACUGGUGAUAGUGACGAUGAAUACACAAGUGUUGCAGAUCCAGCUCCAAAGCAAGAGGAUAACUUUAUAAAUCCACUUGAUUGUGUACCGUCUAAUGUGUAUCCAGCGAAAGAAGUUGAUUUGAAACAAGCGUUGAACUCUUUGAAAUCCACAAGAGUCACCUUCGAGACAUAUGUCACACCUGAGGGAAAUGCUGUUUUCAGACGUGAGCUGUUUGAUGUGAAGCACCAAGUCAUGAUGGAAGAUGACAACUCGACUGAUGCUGAAGUAACCGAUGAGCACAAGAUCCUCAUUGGAACAAAUGCCACAGACUUGGUGAAGAACGUUUAUGAAGGUGGUUUGAAAUCAUGGGAGUGCUCAGUAGACACAGUGGAUUACCUGUGUUCAAUGCAGGAUGAGACCCUGUUCAAGGAUAGAAUUGUCGAGUUGGGUUGUGGUACUGCAUUACCAAGUACUUAUCUUUUCAACAGAGCACUGAGAUCAAAUCACAACAACUUGGGUUUCGUCCUUGCAGAUUACAACGAAUCCGUCUUGAGGUUAGUCACCUUGCCAAAUCUUAUUGUGACCUGGGCAUCAACUUUGGAACCUGAACAGCUCAUCAAACUACAAAGAAGUGAAGAUGAGACAAUUCCAAUAGUACCGGAUGAACUUCAAUUGACGCAGAAACUGUUGGAUCAGUUCUACAGUACUUUACAAGAAAAAUCGAUCAGUAUACGACUCAUCAGCGGUGCAUGGAGUCGCUCAUUCCUUGAACUUGUCAAUUCAGACAACCAUCAAACUGGAUUGGUUAUCACCUCUGAAACGAUAUACUCACCAGAGACCUUACCAGUGAUCUCAGAACUUGUCAUUGAGUUCGUGUCAAAUGCAAAGGCCCUGGGAAUUGUGGCAGCUAAGGAUAUCUACUUUGGAGUUGGUGGUAGUCUGGUUGAAUUUGAAAACUACCUCACAAAGAGACAACUACAGGGAAUGCCUAUCCAAUUCGUAGUUAACAAGGUCAAUGCAGGACUAAAGAGAUCAAUAGUACUCGUCACAAAUAACUGA